CCCUACUGUUUCCUCUACUACCCUCUUUUUUCUUCUGAAAAGGAACCCUUUGGAGGCGUGAAGAACUUCCGCUUCCUGUGUUAUUCAGCGACCUCCGCUUCCGCCUGUCCCUUUAGGACAAGGCUUAGUUGAAUUCAGCACCUCCAGAGGGAGGAGGCCAGAAAUCUCUGUGCUUAACAGUCAGUUGUGCUCAGGUUGGUGUUAACGCCAGAUCGGGAUGAUCGAAGUGGUUUGCAAUGACCGGCUGGGCAAGAAAGUGAGAGUGAAGUGCAACCCUGAUGACACCAUUAGGGACCUGAAAAAGCUCAUCGCCGCCCAGACUGGCACUCGAUGGGACAAGAUCGUACUAAAGAAAUGGUACACAAUUUUCAAGGACCAUGUGUCACUGGCAGAUUAUGAAAUUCAUGAUGGCAUGAACCUGGAAUUGUAUUACCAGUAGUCUUGGCUAAAACUCCAUAUGGAGGUGCUACCUUUUCUAAUGUGGUAUUACUGUUCUUAAUUUCUUAUUUGGCUGAAAAUAUUGAUAGUUUUAUUUUGUGGCAUGAGGUUUGGUUAAGAAAUUUUAUCCCAAUGGCAAUAAAUGAGAAAAACCUGUUUUUGAGCUGUUUCCCCCGAUUGUUUUUUAAGCUAUGAAUAUUUAUAAUAAAUGGACCUGACAACAUG